GAAAUCGGGUUUAAGCUGACAGGUGCUGAGGAUUUGUUAAGUUGGAGGCGGUCGAUUUGUCUCAAGAUUGGCCUGUAGAAAUCUUGCACACUUUGCUUUUGGGAAUGACCAAAUACUGUUUUAAACUCGCUCAUCACUUCUUUUUAAAGGAUGUACAGCUUCAACUGUUAACUCAAUUGUUCCGAAACUACAACUCCAAAGCAUUGCAUCGCAACCUUACAUCUUCAUUAACCGCAUUUCGCUCUUUUGUCGGAAGAGAUUUCAAAAUCCUCGUACAACUACUCCCAACACUUUUGCAAAAAGCAAACUUUUUCAAUCCUUCAUUGUUCGAUGAAAAUCAAGAUUCGUUUACAUCCAUGUUUGAAUGCUUUGACAAUCUCGGCUUACUCGCUUCACUGGUAUACAUGGAAAAAAUCGACAAUUUUCACUACUACAAGCAAAUAUUAGAUAUAACUGUGUCAAAGAUUAUCACAGCUAUGGACAACUUACAUCAUACGACCGUUUUGACUAGAAGAAGAUCUGCUGCUGCUGGAACAGAAGCUAUCACCAAAAUGAACUUUUCGUCAUUACAGAACGGUGGGCGAGAUGUUGCUGUUCGAUUUGCCGAAGAGUUCAUGCUUCGUCAUAUCAGUCAAGGUGGUUUAUUCGUUAUGGAUUCGUCUUCUUCAGUUUGGGAAACGUGUGGCGUCAAAGUUCUGGAAUCGUUUGAUGCAACGAUUAAUCAAAGCGAGCUUGCAUUAUUAGACAACAACAACAGCCCGAAAAUGCUUGCACUUGGAACUACUGGUGUCUUUCGCAAUGGUAACAGUUCCAAGUCAAGCGGUCUUUCCCUUGGUAAAAUUGUUAUGAAAAACGGCCAAGACUUCCUCGUCCAAGCAUAUGAUUUCGUUUGUCAUGACUCCUUUUCGCAAGGUCCACAAUCAAGUAUUUAUGAAAGCUGCGUUUUAGAUGUUGCUGGCAACGUUAUAACUCGCAGACUACCAGGUGACGAUUUUGUAAUUGCUGGUCAUGAACAAAAUCGCGUUGAAUUCGUGCUAGACAUUAAAAAUGUUAAAUUUCAUUCGGUGGAGAACUCUGUUUUUGGAAGCAAGUAUUAUUCUGUCUGUCCUGUCGGCCUUUCAGCUCUUGACAUUCGCCAAUUGUAUAUUAAUGAGAAAUCAAAACAAGCAAACUAUUUUACGCAAUUUGAUAAAUAUCCCCAAAAUAGGGUCAUCCACUCAAAUAUUCCGAAAAAACCGUCGAUGCUCUCAAAAAUUAGUGUCGAUUAUCUUUUGAACCGGAUUCUUACAUAUGGUAACCGUAUAUCUAAGAGAUGA